AAGGAAUUGCAGCAGAAGGAGAAGAAGAAGAAGAAGAAGAAGAAGAAGAAAUAGGUGGAAAAAAAAGUCAAUAUCACCCUUCCCAAAACACUUGAUCUAGAAGCAAUUGACACCCAAGAAGAUUCAUAAAUCAAUUGUUUAAAUGAUCUCAUAAACCCCAAAUGUUGAAUUCUUGAUAGGAACAGAGAAAAAAGUUUUUUUAUUUUUUUUUUGAUUUGGUGAAGAAUGAUGAAUUCUGGGAUUAGUAAUAAUUCGAUGUCGUCUUCAUCGGUACCGGGGAACAACAACAGUAACAACGCACAAUCACCUGGUUUGAAGACGUAUUUCAAAACCCCAGAAGGAAGAUACAAGCUUCAGUAUGAGAAGACUCACCCUGCUGGGCUUCUUCAUUAUGCUCAUGGAAAGACUGUAACUCAGGUCACCCUUGCUCAUCUCAAGGAUAAACCGGCGCAUGCGCAGCCCCAAUCAUCAUCAAGUUUUGGAGUGAGCAGUGGUGUUAGGUCAGCUGCAGCAAGGUUCUUAGGUGGAAAUGGUAGUAAAACACUUAGUUUUGUUGGAGGAAAUGGUGGAGGUAAGUCUGUUGGUGGUCUGAGUGGUAGGGUUGGAUCAUUCGGGGUGUCAAGUUCAAGUAAUUCUGUUGGUAAUUCAAAUUUUGAUGGCAAAGGAACCUAUUUAGUGUUCAAUGUUGGUGAUGCAAUUUUUAUCAGUGAUUUGAAUUCUCGAGAUAAGGACCCUAUAAAGUCUAUACAUUUCAGCAAUUCAAACCCCGUUUGCCAUGCAUUUGAUCCAGAUGCAAAGGAAGGACAUGACUUGCUCAUUGGGUUAAAUUCUGGAGAUGUUUAUUCAGUAUCUUUACGGCAACAACUACAAGAUGUUGGGAAGAAGCUUAUUGGGGCACAGCAUUACAACAAGGAUGGAGUUGUCAACAACAGUCGUUGUACUAGUAUCGCGUGGGUGCCUAACAGUGAUGGGGCUUUUGUUGUUGCUCAUGCGGAUGGAAAUUUUUAUGUCUACGAUAAGAGCAAAGACGGUUCUGCUGAUCCUUCAUUUCCAAUCAUCAAGGAUCAAACUCAAUUUUCUGUUUCCCAUGCACGCUAUAGUAAGAAUCCUAUAGCUAGAUGGCAUAUUUGUCAAGGUUCAAUCAAUAGCAUUGCUAUCUCAAAUGAUGGGGCAUAUAUUGCAACUGUAGGGAGAGAUGGUUAUCUGAGAGUGUUUGACUAUAAAAAUGAACAGCUUAUAUGCGGUGGGAAAAGCUACUAUGGUGCUCUAUUGUGUUGUGCAUGGAGUAUGGAUGGGAAGUACAUUUUAACUGGUGGAGAAGAUGACCUAGUUCAAGUUUGGAGCAUGGAAGAAAGGAAAGUAGUUGCAUGGGGUGAGGGACACAAUUCUUGGGUAAGCGGAGUGGCAUUUGAUUCAUAUUGGUCAGCACCAAAUUCAGAUGCCACGGAUGAAAAUGUUGUCUACCGAUUUGGUUCUGUUGGUCAGGACACACAAUUACUUCUAUGGGAUCUGGAAAUGGAUGAGAUUGUAGUACCAAUGCGCCGUCCUCUUGGUGGAUCUCCAACUUUCAGCACCGGGAGUCAGUCAUCACAUUGGGAUAAUGCUUGCCCCGUGGGUACUUUGCAACCUGCUCCAAGUAUGCGAGAUAUUCCAAAAAUAUCACCCCUGGUUACUCACCGUGUUCAUACUGAACCGCUCUCUGGUUUAACAUUCACUCAUGAAUCAGUGCUUACUGUCUGCCGGGAAGGGCACAUUAAGAUCUGGAUGAGACCAGGCUUUAGUGAAAACCAAUCAAGCAACUCAGAUUCUUUAUUGAGUACUAGUCUGAAGGAGAAGACAUCGUUAUCAGGGAAGACUCUUUCUUCUAGUUACAACCAAUGACAUAACAAUUAUACAACGGGUUGCAAAGUAGAGGAUGCAGUAAGUGGGGGUCCUUUUCGUACAUACUACCAUUCACUGCUCUUCAAUUAGUUUGCUCAUUUCUAAUAAGCACAUGAUAUGAGGUUGCGUGUGAGAUUAACUGACCAAUUGUAUAGCGAACAAUGAAGAUGCUGCUGGGAGCAAGACAAGGUUGGAAGAACAGUGUGUACCUAGCGUGUAAGUAUGAAAUGCUUAACAAGAAUAUUUAAGCUGAUGGGCUGAAAUAAUCGACAUUGCCUUUGAGAUUCGUAAUUUCUAGUUCCCAUCCUCCUAGAACUCUCCCAGCCCCUCCUUUUUCCCCCUUUUGUUCUUUUCUUUCCUUUUUUCUUCCUCUGUAGGCAAUUUUUCAUAGAAACUGCUGGUUGACAUUUUUGCAUUGGAUUACCUCAUGUUUUGCCCUGUCCAAUAUUUUGGCCGUGGCGUAUGAGGCUGAUAAAGCUUAUUGAAGGCAUUUUUUUCAUGAAAUUUUUCCUAUGCAA